AUGCCGCUAACUCAGUGGCAGCCAGGCGACUAUAAAGUGUAUAACAUAGAAUUAGAAUCAAUAGAACAGCAGGAUAACAUAAGAAUUUUGAAGAGUGAUCUGAUAGACUUUUGGACGCACCCUAGUUACAAAUAUGGCGUCGUUGGCAAGGUUAUGGUGCCGCCUUCUCAUUUCAUCUGGUUCGAGGAGAAACUACAAGAGCUGGGGGUAAACAGAGAUGUGUAUAUUGAAGACGUUUAUGAGUACUUUAAUGGAGUGGAGAACAGGACGAGGCUACCAAGGAGUGUGGAUGAAGAUCAUUAUUUUGAUGUCAAUAAGUACCACAGAUACGAUGAUAUCCUGGCAUAUCUUCGCAAAUUACACGAGCAAUCAGCUGAUUCUUUAACCAAAGUGGAACUGAUAGAAUAUGGGGUCACAGCCCAGAAUAGACCUUUGGUCUAUUUGAGGAUAAGUCGUGGUACUAAUGAAACUAAUAGUCCAGAAAAACCUAUCAUUGUAAUCGAAGCUGCCACAAAUCCGAGAGAUUGGGUAACGAUUCCAGCCGCGUUGAAUAUUGUAGAAAAUCUCCUGAAGGAACAAAAAUUUUUGGAUAACCUCGAAUGGAUUGUAAUCCCCGUUUUGAAUCCGGAUGGAUACGAGUACACUCAUACUAAUGUUCGUCUAUGGCAGAAAUCUCGGAGCACCAACAGCAACAUGGGACACAUUUGCCCCGGAGUCAACAUCAAUCGCAAUUUUGACUACGACUGGCAAAAUUUUGACGCCAGUUCUAGUCCAUGCAGUCAUUUAUAUGCUGGAGUGGAACCCUUCUCAGAAAUCGAAAGCCGUAUGAUUCAAGAUAUAAUCAACAAAAAUGCCCCCAGAGUUAAGCUGUAUAUGUCCUUACAAAACAAUGGAGGCUACAUUUCAGUACCCUGGCAUUACGAAAAAGCUGCAAGUGGAAUGUUCAGACAGCAUUACCUUUUAGGCUUAGAUAUGGUAAAAGCCAUGAAAGAUGCGUACAAUUUAGAUGUUGGAUCAUAUAUAUUUGAUAGAAUAUCAGGUUAA